ACUGUAAUGGGAAGACAGGGAAGCUUUUAUGAAUAUACACCUAUAAAUAAUUAUAUUAUGGUAAAUUAUAUUUAGACCUUGCUAAUCACUGCAAAUUGUGCUGAGAGAUAAACUGCCAGUAACUCAGAAGGGAUGACUGAUUAGAAGUUGUGAUAUAUGAGAACUUUAUGAAAAUAAAGUUUAGUGAAGGGUCUAGAACUGAAGUAGGAAACAGGAAAUUAAUCAAUAAGAAUACCCAGACUGUAGUUUGUCUUUGUCUUAUAUGAGGAUUAUGCGAAUUGGCUCUAGUCACGAGCCGCAGGCAGAAACAUUGCACGGCUCAAUAAACAAGUAGCUAGUUCAUAUUGAGAAACUUACAAUGUAGACCAAGUACAGCUAAUUACUUUAGGAAUUACUUCCAAACUCACCACUGAGUCUCUGAGCAACAAGGUAGAAGUAUUUCGUUUCUGAACGAAUCUUUUGAGUGAAUGAUUAUGAUUUAUAGAGUCACUUGUCGCCAUCUUCUGGCGUAACCUGCAGAAAAGGUCUCUGAAAAUUCUCACUGAAAAGUUGAGUGAGCCAUUCAAAUUCGAGGACCAGUGUUAUAGCUUUAACUGUAUGAUUACAGACAUUACAGACCAUCGACAUGCUGUGUGAGUGUACAGAAUUUGACUCAUUAAGGGACCAAACUAACUGAGCGACUAUCCUCAUGCAUGUCAUGGUUUUACUACUAAGCUGAGACAUCUGCUUGGAUUAAACCCAUUCCAUCUGCUGUCCUCCAGCCCACUGUCGAGCUGCUAGGUCAUUCAAAACACGUCUGUGUCAUAUGGUGGAGAAAACAUUUAAAAUAUAUAUACAAAGAAAAGUUGUAAUAUUGGUAGGCCUAUGUAAAAUUGAUAAGAAUAUAGGCCUAACACUAUUUUUAGGCCACUAAUGAAAUAACCAAAGUUUGUGACAAUCACCCAGCUAACACGGAACAUUCUCAGAACUUUAGCAACGUUCUGUGCAAGGUUCUCUCGAAGUUAUGAACAAACAAACUUUAAUAGAAUGUUCAUUCUGAUUGAUCUGGUCUUUAAGUUUUCAGAACUUAAUGGAAACUCUCUUAGAACAUAUUUUUUGUUAGCAGCAUGUGAACUCUUGCUGGCUUGCUUUCAGGCUCAUGAUUUUUGGAACAAUCUCAAAUCAAGUUUGAUAGAACAUGAUCAUUAGGUUUUUAAAAUUGCAGUUUAAAUGUCACGUAAUUGCUUUCUAAGUUAUAAAAACGCUCAUAUAGUUCAGAUGAGCUCAUUUACAGGCAGGUGGUUUCCUGUAAAUGGCGAUUAUGAUUAAGAAAAAAGAGAAUAAGGCCUCAGCACUAGCCCUUCACCAGAUAACUCGUCUUAGUCACAUGACCUCGUAGCCCACACAUGCUCGUAAUCUGUUUAUGCAGCGCGUGACCCGUCCUCCCCCUCUGUUCUGCCCUCCCAUCCCGUCUGCCUUUCAGCUGAUGAUGCAUGUGGCAGAAUAGGUUUGGGGAGCAUUGCUAUAGCAACCAAAAACAGAAAGGCACUUCAGAGCAAUCUCAAAGAGGAAAUGUGACCUGGGCCGUUGCACAACUACAAGCCCUACAAGACAACUGGAUCACUCAUUAAGGUAAAAGUAAAAGUGAGCAGCAGAGGGCCAGUGACCGCGGCAGAUAAACGAAGCGAGCAUGUCGUGGUUCAGCUGGAAUGAGCCGUACUAUCGGAGCCCACGACGUGAGCCUUCUGAAGUGGUUAUGGAAACCCUGAUGCUGGAACUGAGCUGGCAGAUGAAGGAAGCCGAGAGGCUGCAGCGGGAGCGAGACAACGAAUAUCGAAGGCUGAAGAGCGGUGUGGACUAUAGCUGGCUCAUGAGCGCCCCGCGCAGCUCAUAUGACAUCAGCCAAGGAGAGAGACUGGGCCUUGAGGACCUGUGUAGCAAAAUACCACCAUCAUACUGUGGACCUACAAUACAAAGGUUUCGUCAGGUGCUGAUGGAGAAUGAACCAGAGGUGCAGGAGGUUUCCGGACUCUUCCGUUCUGUGCUUGUGGAAACACUUGAGCGCGUUCAUGAGGAGCAGGAGGCUCAGCGUCUGACCCACCAGUGGAACAACAGACGCUCCAUAAGCCUGUCACUGAUGAGCUUCAAGUCUCGAGUGCGGAUCAACCCUUUCAGCAGCACCUUGGGACUGAAAUCAGACAGUUACGGCUCAGAGGAAGAUGGCAUAGAUGUCAAGACUGUGAGUGGGGAUGUUGAGAAGGGCCUUGGCCAGACAGCAGAGAAAGCGCAGCGCGUGUGGAGCAUGCCAGAGUUCCGACACAAGGGAAUCAAUGGUAAAGCUUGAGUGUCUGUGGGUGGGAUUCAGCAGGAGCUGGUCCAGUCAAUGACUGUCAGAUAUUCCCAACAUCACCUUCACUUUCAGUGUAUUUAUAUUUUGAGAUGCAAGUGUGGAGGCAAGAGGUAUGUUCAUGUUGGGAAAUAAAACUCAAGUCUUAUAAGCAAAGCAUCACAAAUCAAGGACUUCCUAAAAUAGAUUUUUUUUUUUUCUGAUUACUCAUCUGAAACUCAUCAGAAUCAAUUUGUAUGUUAUUCUGAAAUAGUACAGUUGCCUAAUUUAUCCAUUGUACUUUGCAAAAAAAGGUGUUUUUAUACGCCCCUUCAGUUUUAAAACUGAUCGCAAUUUAAAAAAAAAAAAAAAAAUUCCAGUGCAGGUCUACUUUUUAGUAACAUUUUCAAACAAGGUGGGCCUGCAUUUGGUGUGGAAAUGUUCAGAUACUUGUGAUUGAUAGAUUUUUUGCUUGUUGUCUGUCAGUCUUGUCAAUAUAUGUGCAGUUGUGUAAAUGAAGUGAUUGCAAAAUAUUUAAAUUUGAGUCAGUGAAUGUAACUAUAGAAUUUAAUUGUGUUGCACUAUAAAAACAUUGUUUUCAUUUUAUUGUGCUGAAAAAAAAUAAAGAGCUUGUGAUUCUAAGA